AGUACAAAACCCUGAUAUUAGAUGACCAGACCGCAGCUCCAAAUGAUAUCACUAAAACAAAACUCCAAGUAUACCUUAUGGCUUCCUAACCUCAAAUUCUACUUAACCAACAUGGGCUCGAAAUUGAUUAGCGUUAUUGUGUUUAUCGCUGUCGGUACGGGUAAGUACAGAUUAGGAGCUCCUGGAUAUGAACUGCAUUAAAAAGAAAUAUAAAUACAUUUUACUUUUUAAAAAAAAAUCUCAUUAAUAUAUAGAUUUUGUUCCAUUUUUAAAAUAAUUUCAUCUUUAAAAAAAUAAAAAAUAUGUUUGUUUUUAGUUUUCCUUUGUCAUUUUAUGAAAUUCUUAUUUUACUAGCUAUAAACGCUGGCGUUGGCCAAGCGUGAAUUUCCCAUCUGACCAAAACAUGUAUUCAAGUAACGCACUCAACAAGAUUUUUUUGCACCCCCUCCCCCCCCCCCCAAUCACCCCCCAAGGUUUUUAACCGUAAGCUUCUUUUUUCACACCGCUGAACUAAAUUUGAUUUUAUCAUGCCCCGCCCUCUUUUAAAGAGCUCAUUCAUUUGUACAUCAUUUUUCAAUUGCGACUGUUAAGGAUUUUAAAAAAAAAGAAAAGAAAUAUAACUCAGCAAACGCACUUGCGGUAAUUUUAAGAAUGUCAUUUAGCGCGGUUAUCAGGAAUUUGAUCUAGUGGAAUCGAUGCCUUUUGGUAGCGUGAACGUCAUGGUUAGUUAGAGAAUUAUGUAUUUUGAUUGUCGUUAAUGUGUCCUAAAAAUGUCGUAACCGCCACAUAUUCGCAGCUAAAUGACAGAAAAUUACAGAUCUUUUAAUCAGAUCCUUUUUUUUUUGCCAACCUGAGUUAGACAAAAAAUGUCCUCUGUCACUACAUCUAGAGCAAAGACAUACCAACCAAUCUUUAUUCUAUCUCUCCCCCCCCCCCCCAAAUCUUCCGUGACACAGUCGAUGGCCAGCUACUGACAGCCAACCCGGGGAACAUUACAGCCGGGUUUACCACGUCACUGGUCGUAAACUGUACGGUGACCGCAGGACAAGAUCCCAACCUGGCGAGUGUAGUGUCCCUGACCCUCUCCAGAUCAAAGGUCACGCAAAAUCCCGUGUACACCCCGGUGGUGGCCGUGGACAGUUUCACGGGAACGCCAGGAAGUUCUGUGGACCAAAACGCAGUGGCCACGGGUAAAAUAGACAACACCGGGGUAUCCUACCUGAGCGUCAGGUGGACGAGUCCAACGGUCGACCAGGCUGGGCUGUACAGGUGCGAGCUGAGUGGGCUCAGCCAGACGGGGCAACCUUUAAUCUCUGAAGCUUCCGUUGAGGUUUCUGCCUCAAAGCUUGGCGCGGACCUGCUGGUGGACCUUGUGCUUAACCUGAGCGCAACGGUGGAAGCGCUAAAGACCAUUGUAGGUAAUGUAUGACGUUUGAAAUGACGACUAAGAUGGAAGUGCUGAAGGCAUUUAUAGAUUAAAUAUGGUGCUUAAAAUUAGCGCUACUGUAGGAGUGCUGAUGACAGUUAUAGGUUAAAGCUGGUACUUAAAAUGAGAGCUCGUGUAAGAGUGCUAAAGACAGUUAUAAGUUACAUCGUUGUGCUUGAAAGGAACGCUGCGCGUCCAGUGCUAAAAGUUAAUUAGUUGUAAUGAUGACAGUCGAUGAAGACUGGCCAUUGGUUGUUUAACUUAAGGUUUCAUUCUGUUUAAGUACCAAAUCCAUAAUUAAUAACUCACGAAUAAGGAAAUGGAAAUAAAAGAAAUAAAGGAGAGAAACAUUUUAUAACUGAACAUAACCAAAAUAGCUUUGUGAACAUGUGUUGUCCAGUUUUGUUCAAAAAUGUACACUUAAUUUCACACCUCCCACUAAAUUAACGCUUCCAACAAUGUGAAUGUGUUUGUUGGUAUCAACGAGGAGCGGAAUUUCCCGUCCGCACCUCGGUGCGCAAAAUUCUCAUAGCCCAGCUUUGAUCCAACGGUCAUUCCGAAGACAUUAGGCGAUUCAUUUUUUACAAUGUCUUUGUAAACUAAAUCUUAACUUUAGAUUACAUAAGAUGCCAAAGAACCCAGCGUGACCAAAUUUUAACAUUGCUAUCCCCCGGCCAGAUUCCUACGAGAAGCGUCUGACCGAAACCAAGGACACCCUCUUCAACAUCUCGGCCGUGUACGACGGACGGCGCUACUUGGUCUCCAAGCAGAAUCCCGUACUCUCCACACCGAACGCCCAGGCCGCGUGUCAGACCUACGGCGGGUACCUCGCCAAGGUCAACAGCACCGAGGAGCACAACUUCAUCAGGGACUUUCUCGACGAGUCGUUCGGGUUCGUCCUGAUCCUCAUCGGCAGCAUUUACCACGGGGACGAACUAUACGACUCCAUCGAGCGAUUCGCUGUGUGGGAGCUGCACGACUACCCUCCCUUCGACUCGUACUGCGCCUUUCUGCACUACGAGACCAACUGGAACCUGAGCACGUUCGACUGCAUGAUGGUUAACGACAGGCAGAAGCCAAGGUUUUUGUGCGAGGUGCCCGAACAGUAGAGCUGGUGCGCAGCGUAACAACAGAGUUGGUGUGCAAUGUUACACUAUCACGUGAAUAUUAUUAUAACUUAUAAUAAAUAACUAUUAUUAACAGCAACCCGAACGUUUCCAAUGAUAAUCUUAAAAAAAAAAAAUUUAAAAAAAAAAAAAAAAAAAAAAAAAA